CUACCACUGCGCCUAGGCCAGGGAGAUGCCCUGCAGCCACAUGUACCACCAGGACUGCAUCCUGCAAUGGCUCACGCUGCGUAACUCGUGUCCUGUGUGCCGGCACGAGUUGCCCGCAGAUGUGGCGCGGCCUGCUCCGGCGAGUGACCUCGGCGCCGCCGACGACCAGGGCAGCAACACCGGG